UGGAGCCAAAUGGAUUUAUUUAUUUAUUUUAACAGCUCUCUCUCUCACCGUAGAGGGAAGCCAGCGAUUUCUCCCUCUCCCUCCGUAGUGGACGGCGACGGCGACGAUCAGCGGCGAACCCAGCAGAUGGCGACGGCCGCCGGCAGAGUUUCUUACUCGGCGGUGAAGUUUCUGCUGGGAUUACCUGGUCCUCUUCCUUUCGUACUCGAAACCGGAUACAUGGAUGUGGGGAAUUUUGAGGAUGUGCAAUUGUUUCACUAUCAUGUCAAAUAGGAAGAAAAUCCCCAAACGGAGAGCGAAUUGUCUUUUUGUUGUCGUUCUUGUUCAUCGGCGGAAGUGAUAAUGGCGUUUUUUAGUGGCGGGGCAGGCGGGGAUGUUUACAACACAACAGAAUAGCAUUGGUCGAAUAUGCAACACAAAGCAAAAUUUAACAACCCUUUUGAACUGUCUUUACGGAAGCUAAUUGCAGCAUAUUGUUAAUUUCUUUAUCGUUAAUGAGAAGAUACUUUCCUUAGAAUCUACUCAUAAUUCUGGUUACAUUUCCUAUAAAUGAGGGGGGCAUGUGUCUGCUGCUUCACAAGCCGAUCACCCGACAACAUCAAUCAUCAGAAUCCCCACAGUGACAAGCUUUCUCAGAGCCCUGUCGUGACCAUGGAGACCAUGCAGAAGAACAAUGACAGUGAUGUUUUAGGGGCUACUAAUAUCUUACUGAACCAUGACUUCUCAAUGGGACUGCAAUUUUGGCACCCUAAUAGCUGUGAUGGCCACGUAGCUCCGGCCGAGUCAAAUUACCGAGAAGAGGCAUCCGUCAAUUCAUGUGCUAAGUAUGCUGUUGUUACUAAUCGAAAUGAAUGCUGGCAGGGAUUGGAGCAGGAAAUCACCAAUAAAAUUUCUCCAGGUAUUACUUAUUCAGUUUCUGCAAGUGUUGGAGUAUCAGGACCUCUUCAAGGAUCUGCUGAUGUCCUAGCAACCUUAAAGCUAGAAUACAAAGAUUAUGCUACGAGCUUUUUGUUCAUUGGGAGAACUUCUGUGUUGAAAGAUAAGUGGGAGACGUUGGAAGGUACAUUCUCCUUGUCGCCCAUGCCAGACCGUGUCGUAUUCUAUCUGGAAGGACCUUCUCCGGGCAUUGAUUUACUCAUACAGUCAGUGGAGAUUACCUGUGCUGUUCCAAAUCAAUUGGAGGCCAGAAGUGCCAAUGCUGACGAUGAGAAUAUAAUUCUAAACCCAAGUUUUGAGGAUGACGUAAAAAACUGGUCUGGAAGAGGAUGCAAGAUUGCUCUGCACGAUUCAAUGGGAAAUGGAAAAGUUCUCCCACAGUCUGGGAAGUUUUUUGCCUCCGCAACCGAGCGCGCACAGAGCUGGAACGGGAUUCAGCAGGAGAUCACAGGAAGAGUGCAGAGAAAGCUUGCUUAUGAUGUUGCUGCUGUUGUUCGAGUAUAUGGCAACAAUAUCACCACUACUGAUGUACGGGCUACUUUAUGGGCGCAAACACCAAAUCUCCGUGAACAAUAUAUUGGAAUUGCCAAUGUGCAGGCAACAGAUAAGGAUUGGGUAAAAUUACAGGGGAAGUUUCUUUUAAAUGCUUCCCCAUCAAAGGUUGUCAUCUAUAUUGAAGGUCCACCUUCUGGAGUUGAUAUUCUCAUCAACAGUCUUGUUGUAAAGCAUUCACAAAAGGUUCCUCCUUCACCUCCACCAGUUGUUGAGAAUCCAGCCUAUGGAGUCAACAUAAUUGAGAAUAGCAAUCUGAGUAAUGGCACCAAUGGAUGGUUUCCCCUUGGAAAUUGUACGUUAAAUGUUGGAACAGGGUCGCCGCGUGUCGUUCCUCCUAUGGCUAGAGAUUCCCUUGGCCCUUCUGAACCUCUAAGCGGCCGGUACAUCCUUGUGACGAAUCGCACACAGACUUGGAUGGGUCCUGCUCAGAUGAUCACUGAUAAGGUGAAACUCUUUCUAACAUACCAAGUGUCUGCUUGGGUAAAGGUUGGCUCUGGGGCAACUGGUGCACAAAAUGUCAAUGUUGCACUCGGAGUUGAUAGCCAAUGGGUCAAUGGCGGGCAAGUCAAGAUUAGUGAUGAUCGAUGGCAUGAAAUUGGGAGUUCCUUUAGGAUUGAGAAACAAUCAGCAAAGAUUAUGGUUUAUAUACAAGGUCCUGCUCCAAACGUUGACUUAAUGGUUGCUGGACUUCAAAUUUUUCCUGUCGAUCGCCAUGCAAGGUUAAGAUAUUUGAAGACACAGACAGAUAAGAUUCGCAGGCGCGAUAUCACCCUCAAAUUUUCAGGAUCCAGCUCUAGUGGCACAUUUAUAAAAGUUAGACAAAUGAAGAACAGUUUUCCUUUUGGGACUUGCAUCAGUAGAACAAACAUUGACAAUGAAGAUUUUGUGAACUUCUUGGUGAAGAAUUUCAAUUGGGCUGUGUUUGGAAACGAGCUCAAGUGGUAUUGGACAGAGCCACAACAAGGAAACUUCAACUAUAAGGAUGCUGAUGAGUUGUUGGAUUUGUGCAAGAGCCACAACAUAGAGACUCGUGGUCACUGCAUCUUCUGGGACGUGCAAGGUACAGUACAACAAUGGAUUCAAUCUUUGAACAAUAAUGAUAUGAUGGUUGCCGUUCAAAAUCGCGUUACGGACCUAUUGACACGCUACAAGGGGAAGUUCAUGCACUACGAUGUCAACAAUGAGAUGUUGCAUGGAUCAUUCUAUCAAGAUCAUCUCGGAAAAGAUAUUCGAGCUAACAUGUUCAAGACCGCUAACAAACUCGAUCCAUCAGCUCUCCUAUUCGUGAAUGACUAUCACGUCGAGGAUGGAUGCGACGCCAAAUCUUGUCCAGAAAGGUACAUAGAGCAAAUUCUUGAACUGCAAGAGCAAGGAGCUCCAGUGGAAGGAGUUGGGAUCCAAGGGCAUAUUGACAGUCCAGUGGGACCAAUUGUUAGUUCCGGUUUAGAUAAAAUGGGCAUUUUAGGCCUUCCAAUCUGGUUCACAGAACUUGACGUGUCAUCCAUAAACGAAUACAUUAGAGCGGAUGACUUGGAAGUUAUGCUUCGAGAAGCUUUUGCUCAUCCUGCAGUAGAAGGGGUAAUGUUAUGGGGAUUCUGGGAGCUCUUUAUGAGCCGGGACAAUUCUCAUUUAGUGAAUGCAGAAGGAGAGAUCAACGAAGCUGGCAAACGAUACAUCGCCCUGAAACAUGAAUGGCUUUCGCAUGCGAGUGGGCAGAUUGACGAGAAAAGUGAAUUCAAAUUCCGAGGUUUUCAAGGAACAUACAAUAUACAGACUGUGGAUGCGUCAAAAAAGAUGUCAAAAACAUUUGUCGUCGAAAAGGGAGAUGCACCCGUGGUGAUAUCUAUAGAUCUGUGAAACACGACUGCUGAACACAUGAAGCUGCACUGUACAUACAUUUCCAAAGAUGUGGGAUUAUACAAUAGAAAGAAAGUUCCCUCUCCUUGUAUGUGAUUUCUAGUCUGUAAUUUCCAUUCAGAGUAACAAAUACACGUGUGCUGUUCUCGUUGGUUGUCUUACAUAGGAAGAGAAGCAUCCUUAUAAAUGUGAUCAAGUUUAUGUCAGUUUACCUGAA